GUCAUCAGGACAACUUCAUUACUUGGAAGAGCAAAGAGUAGAAGAGAGGCAAGAUGUUCCAUCCAUUGGUUGCUUGUUUUUUUGUGGUGGCAUUCGGACAAUUUCUGGCUGCUGUUGAGGAGGUUUCUGACUUGCUAGAUUCAGCAAAAAAGGACCUUAAGGAAAAACAUGAACUUGUGGAGAAAAAAGGAGCUGAACUCCAAGAGGUUGCUAGCCCGCAUCUUCUAGCAUUAAAUAAUCGUCUGAAACAUAUGGUGAAAAGAGCUGCUGACGAGGAAAUGGGACAAGGACAAAACGAGCAGGAAGCAGGAAGAGGAAAAGGAAAGGGGAAAGGAAGAGGAAAGGGGAAAGGAAGAGGAAAAGGAAAGGGGAGAGGGAAAGGAAAAAAAGGGAAAGGAAAUGACGCUCAGGGUCAAGAAAUGCAACAGCCUGAUUCCCAAGAGUAAGCGCUUCGGGUGUUGCCAGUGUGGGAAGGAAGACCGAGCUGCUAGACAAAGUCCUCCUCUCCUCCAAAUUAGAAGCAAGAACUCACCUGGUGAAAUGCAUCAAAAAAUAGGGGUGGUGGUGGGUGUAGUGACUGUUUAUUUUCUGUCUGCUGGGUUUGGGGAGCUUUCAAUGACAAUAAAGUCAGAGUAGCAUCC